AUGUCGUCGUCUGAUGCAGAUCGUGAUCAUGUUUGCGAUAAUCCUGAUUGUCCAAUACGCAAUAGAGAUCAUCAGGUUAUGAGCCUGAUAUUAAGCUAUACGGAUAAAAAAUAUGAUAUAGCAUUACAUGCACAUGUUCAGUCCCCACCAUUCUUGACCGUCGCUCAAAUUAUAAAAGAUGCGAGAGAAUUUUUAUUUCUUAAUGACAUGCCUCUGGAAGAUAUUCGUCUUGUUGGAUUUCACUCUAAGACCGAUUAUACUACGGUAGGCGACAGUGACAAAAAUGCAAGUCUAGAACAAAUAGGUGUAACGAGCGGUUGCGUACUUGAUUUUGAACCAACAUCUAAUGCAGUUCCACCAAAACAAUGUGAGUUAACUAUUGUUGGACCGGAUCAGAUGAAAACAGUUACUUAUGAAUGGUACAGAGCAACGACAAAGAUAAGAGACCUCUUAGAACAUAUUAUCGAACAGUUUUCGCUGCAAUCGAUUGAUCGCAAUCGAAUUCAUUUGUUCACAAUUUUCCAGGAAUUAAAUUUAAUUGACGGCAUAAAUUUACGAAUGAGCGAAUUAGGUCUACAUACUCGAAUGAAUAUUCACGUUGAAAUUAUUCCACCGCUAUCGUCAACUGAACUUCGAGACGAUGCAGACGUCCGUGUUGAAUGCAGUAAUGAAGAAGAAGAAUUUGUUUUAAACGUAUCGAAGAGAAAAACGCUUGAUAACUUAAAACAGAAGGUCCAACAACGUUGUAAAAAUCGAACACCACUUAAUUUUACAAUACGAAACGAAGCGAACGAGGAGAUUUCAUUGGUGGAUAGUGACAGAACUUUGCAAUCGAUCGGUAUUAAAUCCGGUCAUACGAUCUACGCUACUUUUCGCCUGAAAAAUCAACAAUCGUCAGCGACUACUACAAACGAAGAACAACUAUCCAGUCCAUCGUCCGACGCUAAUGUAAAAAACGAUAAGAUUACAGUUAUUUGUCAAUUGCCAACAGAAAAUCCGGUGACUACUCAACUACCCAUCAAAGACACUGUCGGUCGAUUAUUGAAAUAUAUUGACACUCUUAUAGUUCACCGUCGGUUGGUGAUAUCCAAGAUAAGUUCGGACAAGAUUUCGAUCAAUCGUGACGAAAACCGAUCUCGAUGUUUUGUCGACAUGGGGUUUCAACCAGGUGAUGUUAUCUACGUUUCGACAAAAGACAGAACACCUGUUCGUUCAACAAUCGUAAGCGAUCGCUCAUCAUCACCACCUGAAAUAGAAGAAAAGCCGAAGAGUCUGAAGAAAUUACCUAUAGGCCUAGACAAUCUCGGUAAUUCAUGUUAUAUGAGUAGUGCAUUUCAAUGUCUUGCUCAUAUUUCACCUUUAACAGACUUCUUUCUGAACAAUAUUGACCGUGCUCAUCUUGCUAAUAAGAAUACUGAUGACUUGAAUCCGUUUGAUGAGGUAGGAUAUGUAAUUGGCGCCUACGCUGAUCUACUUUGGAAUUUAUGGCGAUGUGAUGAGGUGGAUCAUGGUGGUUAUUCAUUUAAACCUACUCGUAUUAAAGGAUGCAUGGCAGACACACAUCCACGUUAUGGUAGACAAGAUCAACAAGAUGCUCAAGAGUUUAUGAGCUGCUUUCUCGAGAUUAUUCAUCAGGAAAUCAAAAAAUCGAAUAAAAACGAACGAGAUACAAUUAUUAAGCAAUUGUUCUUUGGUCAAAUAACAUCAAUCAUCACAUGUAUGAAGUGUCAAAAAGCCACAUCAAUCACACAACCGAUUAGUUUUUUAUCAAUUCCUCUCAAUCGUCAAGAACGUACAUUUUGGAUUAAGUUUAUUCCGAUGCAAGGAGAAGACAUGGAAACAUAUAUUGAUGUUUCUGUAAAUGCUGAAGUUGGACAUAUUGUUGCGUUUUUUGCAGAGAAAUUCAACGAUCCACCGUUGUUCUUCCAUAUACUUGCUAUGUUACCCGAGGGUGAGGUGGACCUUCGGACGCCACUCAGAGAAAUCCUUACCGAUGAACUCAUAUUUAUGGAGCAAGAGCAGCGUACGAAAAAUAAAUUUCCACCGCCUUUGAACAUACCAAAAAGAGCGCCCACACUGGAAAAUUGUCUCGAAGAUUUUCUUUCUCCCGAAAUUUUAGAGGAAGAACGAUCGUGUUCAUAUGAAAAAUGUAGACAAAAAGCACAAGUGAUAAAACAACUCAAAUUCCAUACGCUUCCGUCAGUAUUAGUUAUUCAAUUUAAACGAUUUUUACACGAAAAUGGUUUACAUCAGAAAAUUCACACGCAUAUCAAUUACCCAAUAACUGGACUUGAUCUUAAUCGGUUUUUACCAACACCAUCAGCAGAUGCAAUUUAUGAUUUAGUUGCAGUUUGUAAUCACUCAGGAGGAGUUGCUGGCGGUCAUUACACCGCAUGUGCUCAACAUUCAUUCGGAAAUAAGACAAACUGGUAUAAAUUCGAUGAUGCGUAUGUGAAUCGAAUCAAACCUGACGAUUAUGAUUUUGAAAUUGUCACUCGUAAAGCAUAUCUUCUGUUUUAUGUUAAACGAAGUUGUCUGCAAAGCCAAUCAGCAACAGAAUAA